AUGGCAGCAACUUUCUCCCUACGACGGUUUGCGCUCUCGCCCGUGAGCAGACGGCCAGGACUUCUCUCGACAGGACGGAUACAGACACCGUGUUUACGAUGCGUGAAGUCUCAGGUUCGACGAGCUCAUACGCCGGCCGAAGACCCCAAUUGGACAUCGAUCGUGGACAACCCUGCGAAGCUGGUUCGGACAGGAGGGAAGCACGGCUAUGGGUUGAUUAUACUAGCAAUCAUCCCGAUCACAGCGUUUGCCCUGGGGACGUGGCAGGUGCAGCGCCUCGAAUGGAAAUCAAAUCUAAUUGCAAAGUACGAAGACCGUCUCAUCAAACCUCCGCUGCCUUUGCCACCGAUCGUCGACCCUGAAUCGGUGGGAGACUUUGAAUAUCGACGGGUUUAUGCAAAGGGCCGUUUAAGACACGACAAAGAGAUGUUGAUUGGACCCCGCAUGCAGGAAGGGAAGGACGGAUACCUCGUCGUCACGCCACUGGAGAGAGGGGAGGGUGAAAGCACGAUCCUUGUCAAUCGCGGUUGGAUUGCAAAGACGCUUGAGAAACAGUCGGAUCGACCGGAAGGGCUCCCGCAGGAGGAGGUCGUGAUCGAAGGGCUGCUGCGGUCGCCGUGGAAGAAGAACAUGUUUACGCCCGACAACAAACCGGAAGAGGGCAAGUUCUACUUCCCAGACGUCAGGCAGAUGGCCGAGCUGACGGGAAGCCAGCCUGUCUGGAUCGAGGAAACGAUGGUGCAGGAUCUCUUGUCCAUGUACAACAGGGAGGACAAGGGUAUACCAAUUGGCCGUACAGCGGAGGUACAUCUCCGGAAUAACCAUGCACAGUACAUCUUCACCUGGUACGGGCUCUCCUUGGCUACCGCCAUCAUGCUGGGCAUGGUGAUCAAGAAAAAGCCAAACGAAGCAGUCCGACGAGUCCGUCAAAACAAAAGCUGGUAA